CGGCAAGAUGCGAAGUGUCGUCGCCGUAGUAUGACGUCGCGGCGGUAGCUGAACCUACUUUGUCUGAGGCACGACUGGAUGAUGGCCGACCUGAAGAAUCUCACCCUGAGCGGUGGUGGAGCAUCCAGGUACAGCGGCGAUGAGCAGGUGCAGUUUAUCCCAGGUGGGAGUCAUCAGGUGACGAUCAGAUCACCUCCUCUUUCCUUACAUUUGGAAAGUCUCAACAAUGCAGUCCACGGCGGCUCGCAGAACAAUCUCCACUGCAGUUGCAACGGCGCCACGUCGAACGGGGCUGCGGCUGCGGUAUGCACCGGUGGUGUUCUGGCCAGGAAGGUGCCGAACCACAGCGGCGCCAGUCCUAGUCAGAGCAAGAGGCCGGCGGUAUCACUGACGCAUCUCCCGAAGAGGCCACCGGUCGACGUGGAGUUCAAGAACCUGGCCUACAGCGUGUCCGAGGGCAGAAAGAGAGGAUACAAAACCAUUCUAAAAUGCGUGAACGGAAAAUUCAGAUCUGGAGAGCUGACGGCUAUUAUGGGACCGUCCGGCGCUGGAAAGAGCACGCUUAUGAAUGUUUUAGCAGGCUAUAAAACAUCACAUUUGAGUGGCUCGGUCCUGAUAAAUGGGAAGGACAGAAAUCUCAGAACAUUUCGAAAGAUGUCCUGUUAUAUCAUGCAGGAUGAUCGGCUUCUACCACACCUGACCGUUUAUGAGGCGAUGACCGUUUCGGCAAAUCUGAAGUUGGGAAAGGACAUCAGCGCGACUUCCAAGAAAGUAGUGAUCGAGGAGAUAAUCGAAACACUUGGCCUACGUGAAGCCAGCAACACGCAGACCCAAAGUCUCAGCGGCGGUCAGAGGAAGAGGCUGUCGAUAGCGCUAGAGCUUGUCAACAAUCCCCCGGUUAUGUUCUUCGACGAGCCUACUUCUGGUUUAGACAGCUCUGCUUGUUUCCAGUGUUUAAGCUUGCUCAAAUCCCUAAGCAGAGGAGGAAGGACGAUCAUAUGCACGAUCCACCAACCGAGUGCACGACUGUUCGAGAUGUUUGAUCAUCUGUACCUACUUGCCGAAGGUCAAUGUAUAUAUCAGGGUAACGUCGGUGGCUUAGUGCCCUUCUUGUCAUCGAUGGGUCUCGACUGCCCGAGUUAUCAUAAUCCAGCGGAUUACGUGAUGGAAGUUGCUUGCGGGGAGCACGGCGAGUGUGUUCACAAACUCGUGAUGGCUGUGAACAACGGCAAGUGCAAUAACUAUCAGCUUCAUCAAGGUGCUAUCGCUGCGGCGCAGACGGUGUCGAAUGACAUCGCCAAGGAGUCGCCGCAGGAGCAGACGAAACCAGAAGGCACCGCUCUGAUACCCAAUGGAGUCGCGAAGACAUCAGCUGGUACAACAGUGAUUAACAUGCCAGUUUCUUGUACGACGUCGUUGUUGGACAGCGCGGAAAGCAUAGAACAGAAGGUCGGCUUCCCGACGAAUGGUUGGAUGCAAUUCUGGAUACUGCUCAAGAGGACAUUCAUGUCGCAGAUACGAGACUUGACACUAACAAAAGUAAGACUGAUCUCACAUAUAAUUGUCGGCUUCCUGAUCGGCGCAAUUUAUUAUGACAUCGGCAAUGAGGCCUCAGAGGUCAUGAGUAAUGCCGGAUGUGUCUUCUUUACGGUGAUGUUUCUUAUGUUCACCGCCAUGAUGCCUACGAUAUUAACAUUUCCGAUGGAAAUGUCCGUGUUUGUGAGAGAGCACCUGAACUAUUGGUACUCAGUGAAAGCUUUUUACCUCGCGAGAACGUUGGCGGACUUGCCGUUUCAAAUGAUGUACUCUAUAGCCUACGUAAUGAUCGUAUACUUCAUUACGUCGCAACCGUUGGAGGCGGAGCGUUUUCUUAUGUAUCUAAAUAUAUGCAUAUUGACAUCGCUCGUCGCGCAAUCCAUCGGUCUGCUGAUAGGAGCAGCAAUGAGCGUGGAGAGUGGAGUGUUCAUCGGACCCGUGAUGUCGGUUCCGAUUAUCCUGUUCUCCGGCUUCUUCGUUAACUUCAACGCCGUACCAAAGUAUUUAAAGUUCCUCUCGUACGUGAGCUACGUGAGGUACGGCUUCGAAGGCGCCAUGAUCUCCGUGUACGGUUACAAUCGGGCGAAGCUCAAGUGUUCCGAGUAUUACUGCCACUUCAAGAGUCCGACGAAGUUUCUUGAACAGAUGGCCAUGGAGAACGCGGUCUACUGGGUGGACGUCGUCGCCCUGCUCGGCUUCCUGCUCGUUCUCAGAGUGGCCGUUUACUUCGUGCUGAAACUCAAGCUGCGAUCUCUUCGUUAAUUACUCUGACAAGAGUCCAGGACAGACAAUAAUCGAUCACAUCACGAUUCUACGACCGCCAUAAACCAUGAUCUGAUGGAUAUCAUCAAAGAUCAUACUUUCGUAAAUAUGCGAGAGGAACCAACGAUAAGGAAGAGAAUCGAGAUUAUUUCGAUCUUGAGAUUGGGAAGGAUACAACUAUAUUAAUAAACACCAGCGACAAAAAUCGCUGAGUGGAAGGAGAAUUACGAAAAGAACAAAAAAUUUAAAU